AUUUUGAAUCUACACGGGGGAGUCUUUGCAGCUUACUCUGGGAGAGCUUUCCUGGAGGUGGGGUAUUCACAUCAAAGUGGCCAUUUUAACAUAAUUUUUUCUAUUAUUUUUUCUUUUGCUUUCCGAAAGGCCCAAGUGGAGUUGCAGAAGGAUGCACUGAAGCCAGGUGACAAAGUUCUCAUUGUGGACGAUCUCCUUGCCACCGGGGGCAGUCUUGUUGCUGCAGUGGAAUUGAUCCAAAGAACCGGUGCCACUCCAGUUGCUGCAGUAGUGGUUAUGGAACUGACUGAUUUGCAUGGACGGAAAAAGUUGGAACAACAAUCUGUUGCGGUGCAUUCAUUACUUCUUUUCUAA